AUGCAGUACAAAGUACUUCUAAGGUGUAUGUUGGAAUCACAGAGUAAUGUUCUGGAGAACAGUAUCAUCAGCCGGUGCAGGCCUGUGGAGAGACGACGAGAGCUAAUGGAGACCUGCAGGUGUCCAGGCCACACUGCGAUGUACCGAGGAGGGUUCACGACCGCAGCAGACUGUGCCGGGACCAGCUCGGACUCCAAUUACACAGCCGCGUACAGCUUCCAUAGAAGUUGUGUGGGCUGCUUUAAGGUGGCAUCUCUGGGCCCGUCAUCCAUCAUCGGUGGUUGGGCCGGAACCCUCCAGAGCCACAGCUGUUUGGGCAGUGACUCCGUGUGCGGCCGCGACCCCUACAUCUGCUGCUGCAUCCACGGCCAACUCCCCACAGAGCCCCACAGAGCCCCACAGAGCCCCACAGAGUACCACAGAGCACCACAGAACAACACAGAGCACCACAGAGCGACACAGAGCCCCACAGAGUACCACAGAACAGCACAGAGCACCACAGAGCCCCACAGAACAAUACAGAGCCCCACAGAGCCCCACAGAGCACCACAGAGCCCCACAGAGCACCACAGAGUCCCACAGAGCCCCACAGAGCCCCACAGAGCCCCACAGAGCCCCACAGAGUACCACAGAGUACCACAGAGCCCCACAGAGUACCACAGAGUACCACAGAGCCCCACAGAGUACCACAGAGUAGGCCGAGGCUGGUCUCACAUCUCAGAGGCAGGUCUCACAUCUCAGAGGCAGGUCUCGCAUCUCAGAGGCAGGUCUCGCAUCUCAGAGGCAGGUCUCACAUUCUCAGAGGCAGGUCUCGCAUCUCAGAGGCAGGUCUCACAUCUCAGAGGCAGGUCUCACAUCUCAGAGGCAGGUCUCACAUCUCAGAGGCAGGUCUCACAUCUCAGAGGCAGGUCUCGCAUCUCAGAGGCAGGUCUCACAUCUCAGAGAAAGGUCUCGCAUCUCAGAGGCAGGUCUCACAUCUCAGAAGCAGGUCUCACAUCUCAGAGGCAGGUCUCACAUCUCAGAGGCAGGUCUCACAUCUCAGAGGCAGGUCUCACAUCUCACAGAGGCAGGUCUCGCAUCUCAGAGGCAGGUCUCACAUCUCAGAGGCAGGUCUCGCAUCUCAGAAGCAGGUCUCACAUCUCAGAGGCAGGUCUCGCAUCUCAGAGGCAGGUCUCACAUCUCAGAGGCAGGUCUCACAUCUCACAGAGGCAGGUCUCACAUCUCAGAGGCAGGUCUCGCAUCUCAGAGGCAGGUCUCACAUCUCAGAAGCAGGUCUCACAUCUCAGAGGCAGGUCUCGCAUCUCAGAGGCAGGUCUCACAUCUCAGAGGCAGGUCUCGCAUCUCAGAAGCAGGUCUCACAUCUCAGAGGCAGGUCUCACAUCACAGAGGCAGGUCUCGCAUCUCAGAGGCAGGUCUCACAUCUCAGAAGCAGGUCUCACAUCUCAGAGGCAGGUCUCACAUCUCACAGAGGCAGGUCUCACAUCUCAGAGGCAGGUCUCGCAUCUCAGAGGCAGGUCUCACAUCUCAGAAGCAGGUCUCACAUCUCAGAGGCAGGUCUCGCAUCUCAGAGGCAGGUCUCACAUCUCAGAGGCAGGUCUCACAUCUCAGAAGCAGGUCUCACAUCUCAGAGGCAGGUCUCACAUCUCAGAAGCAGGUCUCACAUCUCAGAGGCAGGUCUCACAUCUCAGAGGCAGGUCUCGCAUCACAGAAGCAGGUCUCACAUCUCAGAGGCAGGUCUCACAUCUCAGAGGCAGGUCUCACAUCUCAGAGGCAGGUCUCACAUCUCAGAGGCAGGUCUCACAUCUCAGAGGCAGGUCUCACAUCUCAGAGGCAGGUCUCACAUCUCAGAGGCAGGUCUCACAUCUCAGAGGCAGGUCUCGCAUCUCAGAGGCAGGUCUCACAUCUCAGAGGCAGGUCUCGCAUCUCAGAGGCAGGUCUCACAUCUCAGAAGCAGGUCUCACAUCUCAGAAGCAGGUCUCACAUCUCAGAGGCAGGUCGCACAUCUCAGAGGCAGGUCUCACAUCACAGAGGCAGGUCUCACAUCUCAGAGGCAGGUCUCACAUCUCAGAGGCAGGUCUCGCAUCACAGAAGCAGGUCUCACAUCUCAGAGGCAGGUCUCACAUCUCAGAGGCAGGUCUCGCAUCACAGAAGCAGGUCUCACAUCUCAGAGGCAGGUCUCACAUCUCAGAGGCAGGUCUCACAUCUCAGAGGCAGGUCUCACAUCUCAGAGGCAGGUCACACAUCUCAGAGGCAGGUCUCACAUCUCAGAGGCAGGUCUCACAUCUCAGAGGCAGGUCUCACAUCUCAGAGGCAGGUCUCGCAUCUCAGAGGCAGGUCUCACAUCUCAGAGGCAGGUCUCGCAUCCCAGAGGCAGGUCUCACAUCUCAGAAGCAGGUCUCACAUCUCAGAGGCAGGUCUCACAUCUCAGAGGCAGGUCUCGCAUCACAGAAGCAGGUCUCACAUCUCAGAGGCAGGUCUCACAUCUCAGAGGCAGGUCUCGCAUCACAGAAGCAGGUCUCACAUCUCAGAGGCAGGUCUCGCAUCUCAGAAGCAGGUCUCACAUCUCAGAGGCAGGUCUCGCAUCUCAGAGGCAGGUCUCACAUCUCAGAGGCAGGUCUCACAUCUCACAGAGGCAGGUCUCACAUCUCAGAGGCAGGUCUCGCAUCUCAGAGGCAGGUCUCACAUCUCAGAAGCAGGUCUCACAUCUCAGAGGCAGGUCUCGCAUCUCAGAGGCAGGUCUCACAUCUCAGAGGCAGGUCUCGCAUCUCAGAAGCAGGUCUCACAUCUCAGAGGCAGGUCUCACAUCACAGAGGCAGGUCUCGCAUCUCAGAGGCAGGUCUCACAUCUCAGAAGCAGGUCUCACAUCUCAGAGGCAGGUCUCACAUCUCACAGAGGCAGGUCUCACAUCUCAGAGGCAGGUCUCGCAUCUCAGAGGCAGGUCUCACAUCUCAGAAGCAGGUCUCACAUCUCAGAGGCAGGUCUCGCAUCUCAGAGGCAGGUCUCACAUCUCAGAGGCAGGUCUCACAUCUCAGAAGCAGGUCUCACAUCUCAGAGGCAGGUCUCACAUCUCAGAAGCAGGUCUCACAUCUCAGAGGCAGGUCUCACAUCUCAGAGGCAGGUCUCGCAUCACAGAAGCAGGUCUCACAUCUCAGAGGCAGGUCUCACAUCUCAGAGGCAGGUCUCACAUCUCAGAGGCAGGUCUCACAUCUCAGAGGCAGGUCUCACAUCUCAGAGGCAGGUCUCACAUCUCAGAGGCAGGUCUCACAUCUCAGAGGCAGGUCUCACAUCUCAGAGGCAGGUCUCGCAUCUCAGAGGCAGGUCUCACAUCUCAGAGGCAGGUCUCGCAUCUCAGAGGCAGGUCUCACAUCUCAGAAGCAGGUCUCACAUCUCAGAAGCAGGUCUCACAUCUCAGAGGCAGGUCGCACAUCUCAGAGGCAGGUCUCACAUCACAGAGGCAGGUCUCACAUCUCAGAGGCAGGUCUCACAUCUCAGAGGCAGGUCUCGCAUCACAGAAGCAGGUCUCACAUCUCAGAGGCAGGUCUCACAUCUCAGAGGCAGGUCUCGCAUCACAGAAGCAGGUCUCACAUCUCAGAGGCAGGUCUCACAUCUCAGAGGCAGGUCUCACAUCUCAGAGGCAGGUCUCACAUCUCAGAGGCAGGUCACACAUCUCAGAGGCAGGUCUCACAUCUCAGAGGCAGGUCUCACAUCUCAGAGGCAGGUCUCACAUCUCAGAGGCAGGUCUCACAUCUCAGAGGCAGGUCUCGCAUCUCAGAGGCAGGUCUCACAUCUCAGAGGCAGGUCUCGCAUCCCAGAGGCAGGUCUCACAUCUCAGAAGCAGGUCUCACAUCUCAGAGGCAGGUCUCACAUCUCAGAGGCAGGUCUCGCAUCACAGAAGCAGGUCUCACAUCUCAGAGGCAGGUCUCACAUCUCAGAGGCAGGUCUCGCAUCACAGAAGCAGGUCUCACAUCUCAGAGGCAGGUCUCACAUCUCAGAGGCAGGUCUCACAUCUCAGAGGCAGGUCUCACAUCUCAGAGGCAGGUCUCACAUCUCAGAAGCAGGUCUCACAUCUCAGAGGCAGGUCUCACAUCUCAGAGGCAGGUCUCGCAUCACAGAAGCAGGUCUCACAUCUCAGAGGCAGGUCUCACAUCUCAGAGGCAGGUCUCGCAUCACAGAAGCAGGUCUCACAUCUCAGAGGCAGGUCUCACAUCUCAGAGGCAGGUCUCACAUCUCAGAGGCAGGUCUCACAUCUCAGAGGCAGGUCACACAUCUCAGAGGCAGGUCUCACAUCUCAGAGGCAGGUCUCACAUCUCAGAGGCAGGUCUCACAUCUCAGAGGCAGGUCUCACAUCUCAGAGGCAGGUCUCGCAUCUCAGAGGCAGGUCUCACAUCUCAGAGGCAGGUCUCGCAUCUCAGAGGCAGGUCUCACAUCUCAGAAGCAGGUCUGACAUCUCAGAGGCAGGUCUCACAUCUCAGAGGCAGGUCUCGCAUCACAGAAGCAGGUCUCACAUCUCAGAGGCAGGUCUCACAUCUCAGAGGCAGGUCUCGCAUCACAGAAGCAGGUCUCACAUCUCAGAGGCAGGUCUCACAUCUCAGAGGCAGGUCUCACAUCUCAGAGGCAGGUCUCGCAUCUCAGAGGCAGGUCUCACAUCUCAGAGGCAGGUCUCACAUCUCAGAGGCAGGUCACACAUCUCAGAGGCAGGUCUCACAUCUCAGAGGCAGGUCUCACAUCUCAGAGGCAGGUCUCACAUCUCAGAGGCAGGUCUCACAUCUCAGAGGCAGGUCUCACAUCUCAGAGGCAGGUCUCACAUCUCAGAAGCAGGUCUCACAUCUCAGAGGCAGGUCUCACAUCUCAGAGGCAGGUCUCGCAUCACAGAAGCAGGUCUCACAUCUCAGAGGCAGGUCUCACAUCUCAGAGGCAGGUCUCGCAUCUCACAGAGGCAGGUCUCACAUCUCAGAGGCAGGUCUCACAUCUCAGAGGCAGGUCUCACAUCUCAGAGGCAGGUCUCACAUCUCAGAGGCAGGUCACACAUCUCAGAGGCAGGUCUCACAUCUCAGAGGCAGGUCACACAUCUCAGAGGCAGGUCUCACAUCUCAGAGGCAGGUCUCACAUCUCAGAGGCAGGUCACACAUCUCAGAGGCAGGUCUGACAUCUCAGAGGCAGGUCUCACAUCUCAGAGGCAGGUCUCACAUCUCAGAGGCAGGUCUCACAUCUCAGAGGCAGGUCUCACAUCUCAGAGGCAGGUCUCACAUCUCAGAGGCAGGUCUCACAUCUCAGAGGCAGGUCUCACAUCUCAGAGGCAGGUCUCACAUCUCAGAGGCAGGUCUCACAUCUCACAGAGGCAGGUCUCACAUCUCACAGAGGCAGGUCUCGCAUCUCAGAGGCAGGUCUCACAUCUCAGAAGCAGGUCUCACAUCUCAGAAGCAGAGGGAGCUGCAGAGGGAGCUGCAGAGGGAGCUGCAGAGGGAGCUGCAGAGGGAGCUGCAGAGGGAGCUGCAGAGGGAGCUGCAGAGGGAGCUGCAGAGUAGAGCUGCAGAGUGGAGCUGCAGAGGGAGCUGCAGAGGGUGCUGCAGAGGGAGCUGCAGAGGGUGCUGCAAAGGGAGCUGCAAAGGGAGCUGCAGAGGGAGCUGCAGAGGGAGCUGCAGAGGGAGCUGCAGAGGGAGCUGCAGAGGGUGCUGCAGAGUAGAGCUGCAGAGUGGAGCUGCAGAGGGAGCUGCAAAGGGAGCUGCAGAGGGAGCUGCAGAGGGAGCUGCAGAGUGGAGCUGCAGAGGGAGCUGCAGAGGGAGCUGCAAAGGGAGCUGCAGAGGGAGCUGCAGAGGGAGCUGCAGAGGGUGCUGCAGAGGGAGCUGCAGAGGGUGCUGCAGAGGGAGCUGCAGAGGGUGCUGCAAAGGGAGCUGCAAAGGGAGCUGCAGAGGGAGCUGCAGAGGGAGCUGCAGAGGGUGCUGCAGAGGGAGCUGCAGAGGAGGAGCUGCAGAGGGAGCUGCAGAGGGAGCUGCAGAGGGGCUGCAGCUGCAGAGGGUGCUGCAAAGGGAGCUGCAAAGGGAGCUGCAGAGGGAGCUGCAGAGGGAGCUGCAGAGGGUGCUGCAGAGGGAGCUGCAGAGGGAGCUGCAGAGGGAGCUGCAGAGGGAGCUGCAGAGGGUGCUGCAGAGGGAGCUGCAGAGGGUGCUGCAGAGGGAGCUGCAGAGUGGAGCUGCAGAGGGAGCUGCAGAGGGAGCUGCAGAAGGAGCUGCAGAGGGAGCUGCAGAGGGAGCUGCAGAGUGGAGCUGCAGAGGGAGCUGCAGAGGGAGCUGCAGAGGGUGCUGCAGAGGGAGCUGCAGAGUGGAGCUGCAGAGGGAGCUGCAGAGGGAGCUGCAGAGGGAGCUGCAGAGGGUGCUGCAGAGGGUGCUGCAGAGGGAGCUGCAGAGUGGAGCUGCAGAGGAAGCUGCAGAGGGUGCUGCAGAGGGAGCUGCAGAGGGAGCUGCAGAGGGAGCUGCAGAGGGAGCUGCAGAGGGAGCUGCAGAGGGUGCUGCAGAGGGAGCUGCAGAGUGGAGCUGCAGAGUGGAGCUGCAGAGGGUGCUGCAGAGGGAGCUGCAGAGGGAGCUGCAGAGUGGAGCUGCAGAGGGAGCUGCAGAGGUAGCUGCAGAGGGUGCUGCAGAGGGAGCUGCAGAGUGGAGCUACAGAGUGGAGCUGCAGAGGGUGCUGCAGAGGGAGCUGCAGAGGGAGCUGCAGAGGGUGCUGCAGAGGGAGCUGCAGAGUGGAGCUGCAGAGGGAGCUGCAGAGGGAGCUGCAGAAGAGGGAGCUGCAGAGUGGAGCUGCAGAGGGAGCUGCAGAGGGAGCUGCAGAGGGAGCUGCAGAGGGAGCUGCAGAGGGAGCUGCAGAGGGAGCUGCAGAGUGGAGCUGCAGAGGGAGCUGCAGAGCGUAUUAUAG